AUGGUAAAUAGAUCUGAUUCUAAUGCUUUAUCGGAGUCUUAUCCCACGCCUCGCAAACAAAGAAGAUUAAAUGACUGUUCUGUCAGUUGCUCAGCACAAAAACAAGAAACGAUCACAGAAGCUGUUACUACGUUAAUCGCUACUAAUCAGUUACCAAUUUCUGUAGUGAGCUCUGCAGGAUUUAAAAAUUUUAUGAGCAUUGUAGAACCUGGAUAUAGAGUUUCUUGUGAAAAAACAAUUGUCAAGCGUUUAGAAGUAUUGUAUGACAAAGUUAAAGCAAAAGUGACAGAAGAUCUUCAAGAAGCUAAAAGCGUAUCACUCACAGUUGAUGAGUGGUCAUCAAGGGCGCGAGAAUCUUUUCUUUCUGUUGAAGCGCAAUACAUCGAUAAAAAUUUACAUCCAAAACAUGUUACUUUGAAUAAUGAUUCACUUGAUGGAAGACCUAAUGCAGCUAACAUUGCAUCUGAAAUAAAAAACGUUAUACAAAAAUGGAAUUUAAGUUCAAAAGUAAAAGCUAUAGUACACGAUAGUGCAUUCGUCAUGAAUGCAGCUUGCAAUAUUCUGGAGGAGGCUGAUAAUAGCAUAAAAUGUAGCGCUCAUAUUUUACAGCUUGCAGUGAAGGAUGCAUUGACAGCGGUUUCAGAAUUUGAACAAGUAACCACAAAAGGGCGAUCAACUGUAAGUCAUUUCCAAAAAUCUAAUGUCGCUAGCAAAGCUCUUUCUGAACGUCAGAAGCAGCAAAAUUUAAAACAAAAGUGUUUAAAGCAGAGUGUUGAGACUCGAUGGGACUCCGAAUUCUUCAUGUUGUGA